AUGAGCCAAAGCACACCCAAGAUUCCCUCCUCCAACAACAUCUCUCCUCCUUUACCUCCCAAAGCUCGCUCCGCCGUACCUUCGUACCUCUUGAACGGUGGCUCUCCUCUACACCGAACCCCCAACGCUACUCGAGCGCAGGAACGAGAGAACCUAGCGUCAUCCAUAAAAAGCACCUACGCGAGACGAAAAACAAUAGACCUGGGCGAUCCGCAGAGUCCGCAAAGUCCGCAAAGAGCUAUGAGUACUUCUUGGGUCGGGGUUCCGGAGGCGCCGCCGAACAACGAGGCGAAGCUGCCCGUCAGGCUGCAUGAACCUGCAAGAGACGAACGUGACGAAGCACCAAUGACUCCUCCUGCCUCCCUCUCUCGUCCAGCUAGCCCCUACACUGCAAAUCCGCCCAUCGACUUUGAUGGACUGAGUUGGCCCUGCAUUGGCACUCGUGAAAGACGGGAACAAACGCCGGAAGAAGCUCAAGCCCGCCUGGACAAGCUUGCGGGUGCAGUCAGGACCAUUUUCGAAUGCAUUGGAGAGGAUCCGGAAAGAGAAGGAUUACGUGAGACACCACAUCGUUAUGCCCAGGCGCUCAUGUACUUCACCAAGGGAUAUGAAGAGAAUGUACGUGAGUUGUUGAAUGGUGCUGUUUUCCAUGAGGAUCACGACGAGCUCGUUAUCGUCAAAGACAUUGAAGUUUUCAGUCUAUGCGAGCACCAUAUGGUGCCCUUUACCGGCAAGAUGCACAUCGGUUACAUCCCCAACAAGAGGGUGCUGGGUCUGAGCAAAUUGGCCAGACUAGCAGAGAUGUUCUCCAGACGACUGCAAGUCCAGGAGCGACUGACAAAACAAGUGGCCUUAGCCAUAGCUGAAGUGCUCAAGCCACAAGGCGUGGCUGUUGUGAUGGAGAGCAGUCAUCUCUGUAUGGUCAUGAGAGGAGUGGAAAAGACUCAGAGCAGCACGACAACAAGCUGCAUGUUGGGUGCCAUGAGAAGCAGCGCCAAAACACGGGAGGAGUUCCUCACCCUCCUCAACCGCAGGUGA